AGUUUCUUAAAGUUAAAUUCCUAAUGUUUUAAGUAUUGAUUAAAAUGUAUGUAUAUUAUUUAUUAACAAUAAGCCUAAAAUGUAUUUAACAUGUAUUUUAUGUUUCCUUACUAUUUUAGCCGAGUCGCAGUACGGCAGGACACUUGUUGCAUUUUGGCAUUAUCCUUGAACAUAAAUCAAAAAGUCCAUCCGGUAAUCUGGUCACUUAGUGGCUUACCAUUUGAUUGUCUAUAUGCAAUGGCAGUACCUAAACCUAUUGGAGGGGUUCUUUUGGUUGCUGUAAAUGCUUUACUUUACCUCAACCAAAGUGUUCCACCAUAUGGGAUUUCCUUAAAUAGUUUCACAGAUUUUAGUACAUCAUUUCCUUUAAAACCACAAGAAGGUGUUAAGUUGUCAUUAGAUUGCUCAUCUGCGGCAUUUAUUUCUUAUGAUAAAUUAGUGAUAUCUUUAAAGGGAGGAGAAUUGUAUGUUUUAACGCUAUUUAAUGAUGGUAUGAGAAGUGUUAGAGGUUUUAAUUUUGAUCGAGCAGCUUCUAGUGUCAUCACGACGUGUAUGUGUAUUUGUGAAGAAGGUUAUUUAUUUCUUGGCUCGCGUUUGGGCAAUUCUCUGUUGCUACGCUACACUGAGAAAGUCGAUAUGAAAGAUAGUGCUGAGCAAAGUACAAAUUCAAUUAAAGAUGCAAGGUCAAAUACAGAAGAGAAACAAAAUGAUGAGACAUCCGAAGAACCAUCUGCUAAAAAGAUUCGAUUGGACAGUAUGGAUGAUUGGAUGGCUUCUGAUGUUGCACUCAUUGAAGAUCCUGAGGAGUUAGAAGUAUAUGGAAACCUGACUCAAACUACAAAACAACUAACAUCUUAUACAUUUGAAGUUUGUGAUAGCUUAUUGAAUAUUGGUCCUUGUGGCAAAAUAUGUAUGGGAGAACCAGCUUUCAUAUCUGAAGAAUUUUCUGCAAAUCCAGAUCCUGAUCUGGAACUUGUUACUACAUCUGGAUAUGGAAAAAAUGGUGCCUUGUCUGUUUUACAGCGUUCCAUUAGACCUCAAGUUGUGACUACGUUUGAAUUGCCUGGUUGUGUAGACAUGUGGACAGUUAUUGGGCAUAAUACAGAUUUAGAGAAGUUGGAAGAAAGGACAGAAGAGGACAAGGAAGACUCCAGUGAAGAGAAUCAAAAUAAAGCCUCUCAGAUUCUGAAGAAUUCUCAUGCAUUUCUUAUUCUGAGUAGAGUUGAUAGCACAAUGAUACUUCAGACUGGACAAGAAAUAAAUGAACUCGACCAUAGUGGUUUUAGCACACAAGCGCCUACGAUAUUUGCCGGCAAUCUUGGAAACAAUCGUUUUAUCGUUCAGGUUUCUCAGAUGGGUGUUCGUCUUUUGUAUGGUUCCCGUCAAGUGCAGCACAUACCUUUAGAUGCUGGAUCACCUGUUGUGUGGGCAUCUGUGGCAGAUCCAUAUGUUGUUAUCAUGAGUGCAGAAGGUUUAGUCAUACAGCUGAUGUUAAGAGUAGAUGAUUUUGGCAGCAGUGCUAGACUUGCAGUAUCCAGACCACAGCUGGCUCAAGUAAAAUCUCGGGUUUCUACAUUAUGUGUGUACAAAGAUGUUAGUGGGAUAUUUACUACUAUACCAAAACAAGAACCUGAUGAAGCAGUGCCAUUGUCACAUCCUGUUGCUCCUGCUGUUAGCAUCAAUGAUGUUAUUAAGAUGAACCCAGAAGCUGUGGAUGAUGAAGAUGCUUUAUUAUAUGGAGAGCCUAUAGUGCAUACAGAAAGACCAUUGGAUGAGUAUAAAGUUCCAUCAAAAAAGACUAGACGAAAAAUAGAGGUGAAAGAUGUGAAACCUACUUUCUGGUUAUUUAUUGUCCGAGAAAAUGGAGUUCUAGAGGUUUAUAGUCUACCAAAUUACAAGCUAUGUUAUUUAGUAAAGAACUUUCCAAUGGGGCAAAAGUAUUUAGUUGACAGUGGCCAAGCUACUUCUACUUUGCCUGGGAUGACUUCAGAUAAAGUUUCAGAGAAACAGCACGAAGCUCUACCCAUUAUUCAUGAAAUACUAGUAGUAGGCUUAGGCAUUCGUUCUUCAAGACCUAUGCUUUUGGCACGGGCAGAUGAAGAUUUAUUAAUUUAUGAAGCAUUUCCCUUCUAUGAAACUCAAAUAGAUAAUCAUUUAAAAUUAAGGUUUAGAAAGUUGAAUCAUGAUAUCAUUACUCGUGAACGAAAGUUAUUCAAGGCUAAGAAAACAGAAGAGGAAGAACAGACAUCCAGUUACAAAAGAUGGCUGCGUUAUUUUGUAGAUAUAUCUGGGUACAGCGGUGUUUUUGUGUGUGGCAUUUGUCCACACUGGUUAUUUCUGACAGUUCAUGGAGAACUGAGGGUUCAUCCCAUGACUAUUGAUGGAGCAGUCACAUGCUUUGCUCCAUUCCAUAAUGUAAACUGUCCCAAGGGCUUUUUGUAUUUCAAUAAACAGGGGGAACUUCGAAUAUGUGUUCUUCCGACUCACCUCAAUUACGAUGCCCCAUGGCCUGUUCGUAAGGUACCUCUGCGUUGCACUCCUCAUUUCAUCAAUUACCAUCCAGAAACAAAAACAUAUUGUAUAAUUACAAGUAACAUGGAAACCUGCACAAGACUUGUCCGAUUUAAUGGAGAUGAAAAAGAAUUUGAAGCUAUAGAAAGAACUGAUGAGCGUUACAUCUAUCCUAUGGUCGAAAAAUUCACCAUGCAGCUGUUUUCACCCGUCAGCUGGGAGAUGAUACCAAACACUUUAAUGGAGUUGGAAGAAUGGGAGCAUGUAACAUGUGUAAAAAAUGUGAUGCUUAUGUCUGAAGGAACUCGCAGUGGCUUAAAAGGUUAUUUAGCAGUGGGAACAAGCUACACAUAUGGUGAAGAUGUAACAAGUAGAGGCCGGAUUUUGAUCUUGGAUAUAAUUGAUGUUGUUCCUGAACCAGGCCAGCCACUAACGAAAAAUAAGAUCAAGCUGGUUUACAGUAAAGAACAAAAAGGUCCCAUCACUGCUAUAUGCCAAGUUUCAGGCUUCCUUUUAAGUGCAAUUGGUCAAAAGAUUUAUAUUUGGCAGCUAAAAGAUAAUGAUCUGAUUGGUGUUGCUUUUAUAGACACGCACAUCUAUAUUCAUUCUGCUAUUUCUUUAAAAAAUUUAAUAAUUGUUGCUGAUGUUUAUAAAUCCAUCUCAUUACUACGUUAUCAGGAAAACAGCAGAACACUAUCACUUGUGAGCAGAGAUGUAAAACCAUUGGAAGUUUAUGGCAUUGAAUUCCUCAUAGAUAAUUCUCAAGUUGGUUUCCUAGUGUCUGAUGUUGAGAAAAAUUUAGUUCUCUUCAUGUACUGCCCUGAAGCCAGAGAAAGUUUUGGCGGAUCAAAGCUUCUUCGUAAAGCAGACAUUCACAUCGGAUAUCACAUUAACACAUUCUUUCGAAUUCGCUGUCGUUUGGGUGAGAUAGCCAAUUACGAUAGGCGACAAGCUUCCAUUCUGGAAAAGAGACAUGUUACAAUGUUUGCAACAUUAGAUGGUGGUCUAGGCUAUGUAAUACCCAUUCCAGAGAAAACUUAUCGAAGGCUGCUCAUGUUGCAAAAUGUCUUAGUUACGCACAUUCCACACACGGCUGGACUUAAUCCUAAAGGCUUCAGGUAA